CCUUUUAACUUUCAGGAAAAGCUUGAUCAUCCCCGAGUAUGGUAUAGAAGGGUGGAAACGGUAUUUCCAAGCAACGUAACGGGUAGGGGUAUCGACAAGCGUGGCUCUAUUGGGAGGAUUCACGGUAGCUAUAUAAACUCCCCCACUUCCUACCCUUUCUCUUUUGAAUUUUGUGGCUCCACACUCCCACAGUCUCUCUCUCCCCCCGGCCUUUACCUAAUUUUCCCAAAUUUUCUCCAGAAACAUACACUUCUUUCUUGUCGCUCCAUGACUCAAUUUUGAAUCAGGUCUUCUUUCCAGAAUUUCUCACCCGAAGGUGCCCAUGAUGAACUUCGCAGAUCCGUCAACGGCGCUCUUGGCCGCCAGCGGAGGUGACACCGUUAAGCUCUUUGACGUCUCUGUCGAGCCUGGCGAUCCUUGCGCCUUGAGCUACUCGCCUUCUCCCGGUCACCAAGUCAACUCUGUGAAGUGGAAUCACACUAAUUUGGUUGUGGCGAGUGCUGGAGAUGAUAGGAAGAUCUCUCUGUGGCGGAAAAAUGGACAGAGCAUGGGGACCAUUCCAGUUUCUGGGACUGAUAGUGGUGACAACAUUGAGGAGUCUAUAUUGGCUAUCAGCUUUAGCAACAAGGGAUCUAGGUACAUAUGCUCUGGAGGAAGUGGUCAAGUUGUAAGAAUAUGGGAUUUACAGAGGAAACGCUGCAUUAAAUGGUUAAGGGGUCAUACUGAUACAAUUACGGGUGCAAUGUACAAUUGCAAAGAUGAACACUUGGCUUCCAUCAGUUUAAAUGGGGAUCUUAUUUUACACAACCUUGCCUCUGGUGCCAGGGCUGCUGAACUCAAGGACCCUAAUGAGCAGGUAUCGAGAGUGCUUGACUAUUCCCGGAUUAGCAGACACCUUUUGGUGACUGCUGGAGAUGAUGGGUCCAUACAUAUGUGGGAUACAACUGGUCGCAGCCCAAAGGUUUCUUGGUUGAAGCAACAUUCUGCACCAACUGCUGGUGUUAGCUUCUCACCUUCAAAUGAUAAGAUAAUUGCUACUGUUGGUCUGGAUAAAAAGUUAUACACUUUUGAUACGGGUUCCAGAAGACCCUCAUCUUGCAUUCCUUAUGAGGCACCUUUCUCUUCAUUAGCAUUUAGAGAUGAUGGUUUGAUACUGGCAGCUGGAACAAGUAAUGGUCGGGUGGUAUUUUAUGAUGUUCGAGGAAAACCACAGCCCUUUACUGUUCUUCGUGCUUACAGUAGUUCAGAGGCUGUUACAAGUUUAUGCUGGCAAAGAUCAAAGCCUGUUAUUAUAAAUGAAAGCAAUUGCACUCCUGAGACUGCUCUUUUAGGAGGUGCUGUUGAGGAUUCAAUCCUUAUGCCAGAUCCACUUCCUUCUGUGACAUCAUCAAGCCUUUCACUUUCCACAGCAAUACCUGCUUCUCGAAAUCCUGGCCGUUCAGGUCCCUCUACAGAAACAUCUUCUCUUACAGCAGCCAGUGGUGGAUCUGUAUCUAGCUCGCUUUAUUUAUCUACAGAAGAGGAAACGCCACAAAAAAACCAUCUGCGGCCAGGUGGAACAUUGGCAAGAUUACAUGCUCCUCGUUCUAGUUAUAACUUCAAGGAUGAUAUGGAGGUAUUUUCUCCACUUGUGGAUAUUCAGCCCAUUACUCCCUCACUCGAUAAGCUGUGGGACAAUCAUGAGGCGGCAAAGAAAGAUCAUCUGCCCGUUGAUAAGAAGCCUUCAUCUCUAUUGUUUCCUUCGUCCAGUAGGAGAUUCCCUUUUGUAGAUGAUGGGGCCACUGAUCAUCCAAUAUUUGAUUGGAAAUCCAGUUCUACUUCCAGGCAGGAUGACACCCGAGCUUCCCUUUCACUGCUGGGAUCUACUCCUGCUCCAUCUUCCAAGAGUGGAGAAGACUCCAUCACUCCUCCAGAAGCUUGGGGCGGUGAGAGAUUGUCUGAUAAAUUUGCUCAUCACCGCCAGUCAGCCAAUUUGCCAUCCCGCUUCGGAAUGUUGACAACCAGUGGUCUGACAUCAGGGUCCAUGCUUUCUGGAUUACAAGAUCUAUCCGUGUCAACAAGUCAGACGAGUAUGAGCUCCUUGUCAAAUUCAAAUUUGGGUUAUGCAAAUUUGCGCCCCAAAGAUGUCUCUUCCAGUCAGGAAACUUCUUUGGGAUUUUCGGAACAUGUUCCCUUUAGUUCGAUAUCUAUGUCUCUAGGCACAAAAGGUGUCACCGGACAGACUAACCUUGAAUUGCCAGGAACAACAUCUUUGAGCCUCCCUCGAAGGUUUUCCACUUAUGCGGAGAGAAUAGGCACCACUUCUUCCUUCAGUGAUGGGAUAUCACUUUCAACGGGUUCACCAAAAACAAAGAAAUCAGGAGCUGAAACCCGGGAAGAACUUUUACAUAGCUUGCUAUCAAGGACUGACAUAUCCACUGCCAUGGAACCAGGAAUUCUUCCAUCAAUAAACGGAGGAACGUCACAACCUCAGAAAGCCCCAAUCCAGACAGAUUCACAGCAGGGAAACUCCUUUACGCUUCAGCUGUUCCAACGCACCCUAGAUGAGACCCUUGGCUCAUUUCAGAAGUCCAUACACGAGGAUAUGAAGAACCUUCAUAUUGAAAUUCUGAGACAAUUUCAUAUACAGGAGACGGAUAUGUCAAGUGUGAUGAGCUCGAUUUUGAAAAAUCAAGUGGAGCUGAUGAAAGAAGUUCAAUCUCUCCGGAAAGAAAACCAGCAGCUCCGCCAAUUGCUUUGAGCUCUUGCUAACAUCAUAUAAUAUCAUGAUGUUCUAUUCUUUAAGGACUUGGCUGUUGUUUGUCUUCCCAAUUUGUAGCUCGUUACUGGCCUUUUGAUAGACAUGCCGGUUUUACAAAUUGUGGUGAAGAUGAGUACGAGGAAAAAAAAUGAAGAAAAGAAGCAGAAAAUGUUCAAGCUUGUGAAUGUGUAUAGAAAUUCAAAUUGUUUUUUCAGCUAAUGAAAUUGAGUUUUGAUUUGCGUCUUUUUA